AUGAUGAACGAGCUAUUUCAGACUACAAAUAAUAACCCGAAUAGCACAUGGGUCAAUUCUAGAGGCUCAUGGAUUGCAACGAUAGUGGUCAUCUUUUUUAUGCGGGUUGGUUUGGCAGUAGUACCAGGAAUCACAACGGAAGCCUCAUGGACACUCACAAAUGUUGGAUACAAUACUAUCACAUUUUUCAUGUUUCAUUGGAUCUCAGGUGUGCCCUACUCUAUCAACCAGAAUGAAUACGAUGGACUUACACUGUGGGAACAGAUUGACGGCGGUGCACAAUUUACUCCAACAAAAAAAUACCUGACAGCCGUUCCGAUUGUUCUAUUUCUACUAAGCACACACUACACGCACUACGAUUUUCUCACAUUUAUGAUCAACUUGACAUCGCUUGUAAUCGUGCUAAUAGCCAAACUGCCAUCAAUGCAUCGUGUGCGGCUAUUUGGACUCAACGAAACUAAGCGUGAAGACUAA